AUUAGAUUUGACAAUGUUUUGUUUUUCCUCUGCAGUGGAGUUGUUGGGCACGCGCUCGGCGUUGGAGUUGGAGAUCCCCAGCUUCUGCCUGUGCGCUUCUGUGCAGCUGCGCAUGCGCGGGGAGCUCCCCGUGCCCACAGACUUGUCGCUUUGAGCCCAGAGCGCGCGCGGGUGGCACACAGAAGCUCCCGGCCAGCCAGCGCGCGACGUUACCAUGAGCCUCCCCACUCCGCCGGCAGAGACUCCACGCGCAGAGAGUGUCCACCUGACGAUAGCAGCGCGAGAGCCACAGACGCACGAUGCCCGGGGGAAAGAGAGGGCUGGUGGCACCGCAAAACACUUUCCUGGAGAAUAUCGUCAGACGCUCGAGUGAGACAAGUUUCUUGCUGGGGAACGCUCAGAUUGUGGACUGGCCUGUAGUUUACAGUAAUGACGGCUUCUGCAAGCUGUCUGGAUACCACAGAGCAGAGGUCAUGCAGAAAAGCAGCACAUGCAGUUUUAUGUAUGGAGAGCUGACAGACAAGAAGACCAUAGAAAAGGUGAAACAGGCCUUUGAUAACUAUGAGUCCAACUGCGUUGAAGUGCUGCUGUACAGAAAGAACAGAACUCCGGUGUGGUUCUACAUGCAGAUUGCACCAAUCCGAAAUGAAAAUGACAAAGUGGUUCUGUUCCUGUGUACAUUUAAGGACAUCACCGUCUUUAAACAGCCUAUUGAAGACGAAAGCACCAGAGGUUGGACCAAGUUUGCACGUUUGACUCGAGCGUUGACAAACAGCAAAUGCACCAUUCAGCAACUCACACCCGUGAACAGAACCGACGUCACUUCGCACAAACAGUCCAGACUCGCAGAGGUGCUUCAACUGGGUUCUGACAUCCUUCCGCAGUAUAAACAGGAAGCCCCUAAGACCCCGCCUCACAUCAUCUUACACUACUGCACCUUUAAGACCACCUGGGACUGGGUCAUCCUCAUCUUGACCUUCUACACUGCCAUCAUGGUUCCUUAUAACGUCUCCUUCAAGACCAAACAGAAUAACGUCACCUGGCUGGUUCUGGACAGCGUUGUGGACGUCAUCUUCCUCGUGGACAUCGUGCUCAACUUCCAUACCACGUUUGUCGGGCCUGGAGGGGAGGUGAUCUCGGAUCCGAAGCUGAUCAGGAUGAAUUACCUGAAGACCUGGUUCGUCAUAGACCUGCUGUCCUGUCUGCCCUAUGACAUCAUCAAUGCUUUUGAAAACGUGGAUGAGGGCAUCAGCAGCUUGUUCAGUUCUCUGAAGGUAGUUCGACUGCUUCGAUUGGGUCGUGUUGCGCGUAAACUGGACCACUAUCUGGAGUAUGGCGCAGCUGUGCUAGUUUUACUGGUCUGUGUGUUUGGAUUGGUGGCCCACUGGCUUGCCUGCAUAUGGUACAGCAUUGGAGAUUAUGAGGUCAUUGACGAACAAACCAACUCCAUUAAGACUGACAGCUGGCUCUACCAAUUAGCCAUCAACAUUGGGUCCCCGUACCGGUACAAUGCCAGUGGGACUGGCCAAUGGGAGGGCGGUCCUGGUAAAGAUUCUCUGUAUAUAACAUCACUAUAUUUCACAAUGACCAGCCUGACCACCAUUGGCUUUGGAAACAUUGCGCCAGCCACAGACGGAGAGAAGAUCUUCUCUGUGGCCAUGAUGAUGGUCGGAUCUCUCCUUUACGCCACCAUCUUCGGUAAUGUGACAACCAUUUUCCAGCAGAUGUAUGCAAACACCAACCGUUACCACGAAAUGCUGAAUAACGUGCGGGAUUUCCUCAAGCUCUACCAGGUGCCCAAAGGCCUCAGUGAGAGAGUGAUGGACUACAUCGUCUCCACGUGGUCCAUGUCCAAAGGCAUCGACACAGAGAAGGUGCUCUCCAUCUGCCCUAAGGACAUGCGGGCUGAUAUCUGCGUGCACCUGAACAGGAAUGUGUUCAACGAGCACCCUGCCUUCCGAUUGGCCAGUGACGGGUGUUUGCGCUCAUUGGCUGUGGAGUUCCAAAUGAUACACUCCGCCCCCGGUGACCUCAUCUUCCAUGCGGGUGAAAGCGUGGACCUGCUCUGCUUUGUGGUGUCAGGAUCACUGGAGGUCAUCCAGGAUGAUGAGGUCAUCGCUAUACUGGGUAAAGGGGACGUGUUUGGUGAUGUGUUUUGGAAGGAGACAACUUUGGCCCACUCAUGCGCUAACGUUCGAGCGUUAACAUACUGUGAUCUUCACAUCAUAAAGAGAGAAGCCCUGUUGAAGGUGUUAGACUUUUACACAGCGUUUGCCAACUCCUUCUCCCGGAACCUCAUUCUCACCUGCAACCUGCGCAAACGGUUUAUAUUCCGUAAAAUCAUCGAUGUGAAGAAGGAGGAAGAGGAGAGGCAGCGCUCAAAGAAUGAGGUCCCACUCACCAUUCCGGUGGACCACCCGGUCCGAAAACUUUUCCAGAAGUUCAAACAGCAGAAGGAGCUCCGUAACCAGGGUGCUUCAGCCCAGCUCGACCUGGAGAAGAAUCAACAUCAUCUACAGCAGCCCGCACGCAUGCCAAAACCACACGCCUCCCUCAUGCAGAACUCGCUGCACGCGGUUCAGAACGGAUCAACAAGCAGCUUGGUCACCAUCUCCCAGAUCACACCCAUCCAGAACUGUCUGGCCUAUUCUAAACUGGGCGACUCCAUCAAGCAGAACAACCGCGACAUCAUGGAACUCAAACCUGCUGUGGCCAGCGGUGACCAAGUCGCAAACCGACUCAAAGUGAAUAACACAGCGCGGACCAAGCCCGCAGGAACCGCUCGUGGCUGGAUGAGACUGAAAAACAACAUGGCUGCCCCAGGUUCAUCUCCAGAGGAGGAGAGGAAAGAGGGAUUAAACAAUGCAGCUAAGGCCGUUUCCAUGGAGCACCUUUCACCAGAAGUCAAAGUUCAGAUAGAGAGUGUUGAGGUGGUUGGAGAAUCCAGGAAGAAUUCGCUCCGCAAAACGGACUCUUGGGAUAGCGGCCUGACCUACAGUGACCAGAGACUGGAUCGGGUUUCAGAACCACAGAGCCCUGUACCUGGACUUGGUGGAGGAGAAGGACCAGCCCGCCAUUUUUUCCCCAGUAGCGAGAGCUCAUUCCUGGCCUCGCUGCAGGAGGCCAGGGUGGAGCUGCGGACUGAGAUCCAGGCUCUGAACGGAAGGAUGGUGACUUUAGAAGAACGGAUUGGACAAAUUCUCAGGCUGCUUUUAGAGACUUCAACGGCCCCAUCUAGUGAAGACUCAAAUUUGAAAACACAUAGACCCAAACUCAAAGCACAGGGCAGCAUCCCAGAGACCACUCUCGGUAGACCUGAUUCUGAAAAGGAUGAGGGAUCGCCAUAAGAAAUUUGCAUUCAAUAAGCAUUUGAGAUGAAGCAUUUGUAGUAGUAUCACUGUUUUGGUGCAUCCACAUCUGGGUUCUAUACCUGCAGCUCAUAUGAGGAACGUCCA